GCAUUCAAUAAAAAAGGAAAGAAGAAUAAGGGUAGAAAGGUCAAAUACGAAACUUGCGCGUCAACUUUGGCGUCGUCUUCUAAAUAGCGCGCUUUCUCACGAACCUUCCCUCUCUCGCCAUUACUCUAAACUGACUUUUUUCACUCUUCUUCUUCCUUCCACCACUUGACUCUCUCUCUCUCUCUCUCUCUCUCUCCCUCUCAAUCUCUCAUUCGCCACCAUCUUCAAACUCAUGAACUCCAACGACCAAUAUCCAAUGGGCAGGCCCGACGAAACCACCUCCGGCUCUUCUCGAACCUACGCCAUGAGCGGGAAGAUCAUGCUGAGCGCCAUCGUCAUCCUCUUCUUCGUCGUCAUCCUAAUGGUCUUCCUCCACCUCUACGCCCGCUGGUACCUCCUCCGCGCUCGCCGCCGUCAUUUCCGCCGCCGCAGCCGUAACCGUCGCUCCACGAUGGUUUUCUUCGCCGCGGAUCCUUCCGCCGCCGCCGCCGCCUCGCGCGGCCUCGAUCCCGCGGUGAUCAAGUCUCUCCCCGUUUUCGCUUUCUCCGAGUUGACUCACAAAGAUCUGACCGAGUGCGCCGUUUGCCUCUCCGAGUUCGAGGAAGGCGAGUCGGGUCGGGUUUUGCCCGGUUGCAAGCAUACGUUUCAUGUUGACUGUAUAGAUAUGUGGUUUCAUUCUCAUUCCACGUGUCCUCUCUGCCGCUCUCUCGUCGAGCCUCCCGUGGAGGAGCAAGUUGCGAUCACGAUUUCUCCUGAACCGGUUUCUGUUGCAAUUGAACCGGGUUCGAGCUCUGGAUUGAGAAAACCGGCGGCGAUUGAGGUGCCGAGGAGGAACUUCAGUGAAUUUGACGAUCGGAACUCGCCGGCGAAUCACUCGUUUAGGUCGCCGAUGAGUCGUAUGUUAUCUUUCACUCGGAUGCUGAGCAGAGGAAACGCCUCGUCGCCCAUAGCCGGAGCUCCGCCUCAAUCUCCGUCGUCUAACUGCCGGAUAGCGAUGACUGAGUCAGAUAUAGAGCGUGGAGGAGAAGAGACUAGGUGAGCUAUUGGUCGGAAAGUAAAAACUAUAAAUUUUAUUACAGGAUUGAUAAAGUCAACUAGCCUUUGCCGACGGUUGAUUUAAGCUCCAGUAACACGUUGCGUGGUCUGAACGAAUCUUAUUCACCGAGUGUUUACUUGUGUUAGUUUAGAUAGAAUUGUCUGAAGAUGUACAUAAAAUUGUCAGUUGUCGAUGAUGUUAUAUUGAAUCUUUUUUUUCCAUUUGUUUUUAUUCCCAGUCUCUAUAGACUCUUUAUGUAAUACCACCAAUUCAAUGGUCAUGAAAUCAUGAUAGAGACUUAACCUAAUUUUAUUUUAUCACCAA